UAUACAGUGACUGAAGACAGGUUUUAUGACAAUCGUAUCCUGGUCACAAAGUUAUUUCACAUUCAACAAAUGAGAAUCAUGAUAACAGGCUCUGAUAAUGAACGCGACGUGUCAGAAGUCAAUGCAUUUUACACUGAUUUCUUCCACAAAAUACGGGUAUAUGCUGGCAUUCUUCAGCCGCCGGUGUUCUCAUUAAUAUUUCCAGA